AGAGGAGUUUCCGUGACUCGAGAAGCGCGGGACAAGAAAAAUGCCCGGGACUCCAUAGUCUACAUGGCCCAUUCUCGGUCUUGGGCCGAAGACUGGGACUUAAUAUAUUCAACCGUAUCCCCGUCGUCCCAAUUGCGCAAAGCGAAGCCCCCGAACAAAAAGCCGUCAUAAUAAUCAUGGCAUUCCAAUACGCGCGCGACCUGCUAGCCAGCUGGGCCUCGUACAUCGUCCCCCAAAAGUCCCCGCGAGAGACGCAAUCCGACUCGCAACGCUUCAAGAUCCACAUCGUAGACGACACCGACUUCCCAGACUUAUUCGCGGCCCUCUGGCACUCCUUCGAAACCCCCUACCAAGGCAUCCUGCGCCUCUUUUUCCCUAUAUUAAACAACGACCGCGAAACAAGUCUAGCAAACUGCACGAGCGCGCAAUUAGAAGAAUACCGCCGCGAACAGCCGAACGUCACCUGGAUAACGAUUGUCGAUACCCAGCAAAAUAAUCGCGUCGCGGCGGCCGCAAAGUGGUAUUUUUUCGACCAGAGUCCGUUUCCCGAAGGCGAAGAGGUGCAGCAUGUCGCGGAGUGGUAUCCGGAGGGUGUUGGACGGGAGUUUGCGAGUAUUGCGGCGGCGCAGUUUGAGCGGCCGAGGGAAGUUAUGGGCCGGAGGGGGCAUGCUUUCCUCCACAUCGCCUUCACACACCCCUCCUACCGGCGCCGCGGCCUCGGCAAAAUGUUCAUGGAAUGGGGUCUCCGCGUCGCCGACGAACGGGGGCUGGAAUGCUGGCUCGACGCGACGGCGCACGGUCGACCCUUGUACGAAUCCUUUGGGUUCAGACCCAUCGUCGAAAACAGCGUGAAGCCUGCCCCGGAGCGCGGGAUGGAUGAGAAGGAGUGGGAGGAGUGGAGACAUUUUGAGAGGACGCUGCUUCCGAUUGACGUUACGGUUAUGUGGAGGCCUCCGCACGGACGGUUUGUGGAGGGAGAGACUGUUGAGCCCACGAUGCGGGUUGAGGAGGAAAAUAAGUGAUAUACGGUGAAUUGUAGAUCGAUUCUGGAAGGCUAGGGGCGCUGGUUAUAUUUACAUAUGAUCUAGUCUGCAGCUGAUCAACGCGGUAGGAGUUCAGAUAGCUAUAUAGAAAUGCCGUGCUUUUGCCAACUCUUUCAAGCCGGAUGCAAUGAUUCCGAACAGACGUCUUCCACCCUUGGCUGCUCAGGGCGCCGUCUCAAUAAUCGGCCCCGAAUAAACAUGCCUCGCGCGCACAAAGUAAUAAACCACACUCAGCGAAAUAACACCAACAGUCCCGACGAUACUAAAAUUCAUAGUCUGCACCGUAACAGGCGUAACGCUCGGCCAAAAGCUGAAAAAGACCGCAAUAAGCGCAUAGAUGAUCGCAAACACGUUAACGACGACACCAAAUAUGCCAGGGACACGGAAUGGACCCCACACCAGUCGCGACCCAAUCGUGUUGACCGUCUCGUCGGCGUCGGCUGUUAGUCCGAUGCUGCCAUCCAGACGGCGCCAGAGGAGGAGGGCGGCAACGAGGAUGUAGGAGAUGUAGAGGCCGGAGAUAGACAUUGCGCAGAGCUGGUUGAAGGCCACGGCGGAGCCGAUGGGGAUUAGGGCGAGGAGGGCGGCGAUCAUCGUCGUCAGGACGACUGCGUACGUUGGGAUUGCCGUGCUGGGGGAAACGUAUGUCCAGAUUUUCCAGCCUGGGACCGCGCGGUCGCGCGCAAAGGCCCAGAGCUGGCGGGAUGUUGCGGCCAUCAUGCCUGUUGUCGAUGUGAUGCAGACGGUGAUUACAAUGGAGGUCAUUGCCGCUGCACCGCCAACUGAGCCGGUCCCCGAUCGGAAGACCUCCAUGAAGGGAUAGCCUGUUGGAGACUCGAGGGCUGUCUGGAGGUCACCAAGACAGAAGAGUAGAGCAAGGUUCAUGCCGAAGCCCAGCAUUCCAUUGAUCAAGACGCUGAGGAGGAUCGAGCGGGGAACAACCACGACCGCGUUUUCGAUUUCUUCCGACAUCU